GAACUGGGAUGACCUUUCACGUAUGGUGAAAGAUGAAAAGAAAGCUGGAAACUCUGUUGUUAGUCUCAUUGACAAGCUCCAUCUUGAGAGGAACUGCAUGACUUUACUGUUGGCAAACAAUCUUGAUGAAAUGGAUAAUGAUGAGAAGACACUCCCUGUAGAUAAGGUUGAAGUUGAUUUAGCUCUCUCAGCUCAUGCCAAUGUUCAGAGGUGGUAUGAACUGAAGAAAAAGCAAGAGAGCAAAUAGGAAAAGACUAUAACUGCACAUGAAAAGCCGUUUAAAGCUGCAGAGAAAAAGACUCACCUACAGCUUAAUCAGGUUGAUAUAAAUUGGAUUUGCAUAUCUUUAAUCUACUGUAUAUAUAGCUAAAUAGUUAUUGGAUUACGAUUAGAGAGAUGCUGUUACCAAAUCAUAAUACUAGGAAUUUCUGCCACUUUGCAAGCUUUUUUAAUUCUGAAAAAAGGGAGGAUCUUAUCCUCUCCUCUGGUAAUUUUUCUUCCUAUGUGAUGAACUUAUUUUCUUAAUAAAUAUUCUCCAUUGCUUUUAUUUAUUGCUAAUGAAUCCAUGCUAUGAUCAUGGAAUAAAAUUAUCCUUUUGCUAUAUCUAUGAUAUUAGGCUCUUCUUUUCUUGCUGUCCUUUUAUUGUUUUGGAGGGUGCCUCAAUAGUCUUUAGUUUCUUUGUCUAACCCAAAAAUAAAUAAAAUAAAUAUUUAGAUAAAGAUAGCCAUUUUAUCGCUGAAUGAGCAAUAUGUAGAACUG